AUGGAUGGCCGGCUGUCCUCCUCGUCCUUCCCUCGCCAAGGAUGGCUCCGACUGUCACCGUCCUACGCGCCGCCAGCAGUCCAAGCAGCCCGAGAAUACCAGUCCACCAACAGUGAGAGAGAAGCGCAGCGUCGUACACAACAGGAAUCAGCCCUGAAUUCAGGCCCAGCAUCAUCAUCAUCAUCAUCAUCAUCAUCAUCAUCAUCACGAACAUCUAAAAAACCAGCUGCAGCUACCCAGCCCGUGCUCGUCAGAGCAUAUUCCGGCGAUGCGGAGCAGGACAAAGCCAAAGACAAAGGCAGCACUCCCAAAAUGUCCCCGCGCCGUCUGCUCCCAUUCACCACGGGCUCGAAGGGCUCCGCUCCCUCGUCCCGCGCACCACCGGGCCCUCCACGCCCGUCGGACGGGGAUUUCAGUAUCGAGAGCAUCCUGCAAGCCAUCGACCCCGAGAUCCGGGGCACCUUGGAUUCCAUUGCAGAGAUCUGCGGACGCAGCAAGCUAAGUCUCGCUAAUGAAUACGGCAGCCACAUCGCGCCGCUGGGGGAGAUCCGCGCGGCGCCCGGUGGUGGUCUCGUGCCUGUUGAGGAGGCCAGUUCCAGCGCUGAGCGGCGCGCCGAUGAGGGCGGGGCGGUCAUUUUUGAUGAUGAGCAUGCUGCCGCUGCAUGGGGCAAUCCGAGGAGGGAACUGCAUCCGUUCUCGUUCUAUGGAUAUGUCGAAAGUCUGCGGCAGUCGGCUGCUGCGCAUGCAUCGCCUGAAGUUCGGCGGUCGAUCGAUGCGCAGCUGAAUGCUACGCCUGGGAUGGGUCUGCCGACUCUGCCUGUCACGAGAGAGUUUGCGUCCAAGCCGAAGAAUUCGAGCAGAGAUCUGCUGGCAAAGUCUCCUGAGCAUGAUGGCCAUCAGAUCCAGGUCACUCCGGCCGUGGUGUCGGAGGUUUAUCUCGAUGCUCAGGCCGAUGAUCCGGGGUCAGCCAAUAAUGGGCCUCAUGUUCCAGUCGUGGGGGGCACUCCGGAAGCCAAGGACGGACCGAGUGGUCCGGAGGUUGUGCGCUCCCUUCUCGGGUGGUUGAGAUGGAGUGCUCGAUUUGCUGGGCCAGAUCUCUCGCCGCGAUUGCAGUCUGCAGAGGGCAAACUGCGCGCUAUGUUGGCCGAUGAAAAUCCCGGUCUACUACCAUGA